UUAACCAAGGCCCAUAUCCGGACAAAGACAAAUCAAGUUCCUUUACCAACCUUGGAAGUAAUAACAAGUCACCCAGGUUAUUGAACAAUCUCACGAGACCAAGGCAAGUGCAUGAAAGUGGCACAUCCGACAACUUACCGAUAACGUUACCACUCUAUCGCUCAGAUAAGGAUUGACCGACCUUCUUGUCUGGCAGCUGGCAGAACAAACCAAAAUCAACUCUUCCACGCAAACUUUAUAACUCCACCAUUACCUAUUCUUCCAAUCUGCAAAAAAAUACUUACAUUGAAUACCUGAUCAAUCAAUAAUAAUACUCCAGGAAACAGAAAGUCAAGAUGUCUAGCCCUAGACGUAGGAUUGAGACUGAUGUGAGUAAUGUCUCAAUGGCAGUGCACUUAGAUGAAUGAGUUGGAAGACUAACGUCUGUUUUCUGAUCUAUAGGUCAUGAAGUAUGUAUUUUCUCUUCAACUACUUGUUAUUAAAGCUCUUAGCUAACACCAUGACUAUAGGAUGUAUGCGAUACCUUUUCAUAGCCCAUCCGAUCGAUCUUAUGCUUCAAUACUUACCAGGAGUAUAGGUUGAUGUCGGAUUAUGAGGUAACUCUUGUGAAUGACAAUAGUGAGUUUGAAACUUAUCUGCACAGUCUGAAUCUCCCUAACCUCUGUCCAGUGUAUGUACUACUGAGGAGAGCUAUUGAAUCACCCACUCAUAUGUCGGAACAGGCAAGAGUUCUACGUCCGCUUCAAGGGACCAGAAGAGAGUUAGUUCACCUUCCCUUCUUCUUUCAUCACUAUGCCACAUAAACUAAUCACCAUCAACCACAGCGCCAUUUGAAGGCGGCCUCUGGAAAAUCCACGUCGAGCUGCCGGACCAAUAUCCAUACAAAUCCCCCAGUAUUGGCUUCGUGAACCGCAUCUUUCACCCCAAUAUCGAUGAGUUGUAUGCCCUUCCUCACACCACCUCGAUGGUGGAGCAGAUAGCUUACUAAGCCUAUAAUUAGGUCCGGAUCCGUAUGUCUCGAUGUCAUAAAUCAAACUUGGUCACCUAUGUUCGAUAUGAUAAAUAUUUUUGAAGUAUUCCUUCCGCAAUUACUCAGAUAUCCAAAUCCGACGGAUCCUCUAAAUGGAGAAGCGGCGGCAUUGCUCAUGAGAGAUUCGAAGGCAUAUGAUUCAAAGGUCAAAGGUGUGUAUAUCUGGGAAUCGUAUGGAUAGGAUAUGGGUGUAGGAGCUGACGGAAAAUAGAAUAUGUCACGAAAUAUGCGAGUAAAGAUGCAGCAGACGAUGCGGGCGCCGAUGAAUCAGACGACGAUACAAUGUCCUCAGUAGCUAGUUUCGAUGACGAUGAUAAUGAGGAGGCAGCGGGUACGAUGGAGGAAAUUUAAAUACCUUAUCUCGAGCGCUUUCGCUACAGAAGCUCUCGCCUGCAGAUCGAAAUGGAUGACGAAUGAUGGACAUUUAUAAAGGCAUACGCAUUCUACGCAUAUUUUCACAGGUGUUCAUAUGGCAUGGUUAUGGAUAAUAUUUCAAUGGAUAUUGACUUUGAGGCAGCUUUUGGGCUUAGGAGUUUUAUUGCAAGCAUGUUGGAAGGGAUUCACUUACCCUUUUGUUCGUCUUCUCCUUUUUCUUUUUCUAUGAACUGCGAAUGCGGUUCGACGAGAUGAAAGUGAAUACUUUUUCGGCUUCUACCUCCAGGAUUGGGGGAUUGGUUACCGCGAGCGAAGAAAUCGUGCUACUUUUGAGGUCUUGAGGUGAUUGGAGCAGCAUUUUACGGUAUGAUGGUUGUGGAGUGGAUUGGGUUAUGGAAAUGGAGAUGGGGAAGUUUUAGCGAUUUUACAAUUGCAAACUAACUAAUUAGUUGGUUAGUUUGUUAGCAGCGGAGGGUCAGAAAAUUAAUACAGCAAAUGCCUGAAGUUUU